CGCUAGCCAGCCUGAAUGUGGAUCCGCAUGGGCUUCUACCACGCCAUCUCUUCGAGUCACCUAGCGGAGUCAGAAUUAGGGAUCCCAGGAUGGUGUUAGUGCAUGUCGGAUACCUGGUUCUUCCUGUGUUCGGCUCAGUGAGAAACAGAGUAUGGAGGCUGGCUCUACAUUCUGCAUUUAUCAGAUCUUUGUCGUCCCCCCAUUGUGUAGCUAAUGAUCAUCUGCUGCUGUGUGGUGUGCCGUGGCCUCUGCCUGUUCUCUGCAUUUAGCCUGUAUUGUGAACCCCUUCUCCAUUUCCUCUUUCCAUCAGAAGACGACAUUGGUAUUAAAAUGCACCCUGUGUCUCCCGAGAUGUAUUCAGACUUUCCCUGUGUAAGCAGACUAAAAACAAAUGCUAACAUCUAGAACAGUCUUAUUUUCUGUCAAACUGCUGUGGCAGUGAGAAAACAUUUUAAUGUCAUUGUGUACCUCCAUCCAGACUUGAUAGACAACAUGCUGUAAAUUCCUGUAAAGUGGAUACAUUUUGCAUGAUCUCCAAUCCUGCACUGCAUUGUUGAACAUCAGAAUUUGGCUCAUCCUCCUCUUCACCUAAGGUGCAAUGUACACGACCGAAGAAAUGAUUCUGAGCAUCGUAAAGCGCUGAUCCACAUUUUUUCACUUCAUCUGAUUCCUGUAUUUGGAUAUCUGCCGAUUACGAUAUUAUUCCGAUUCCAUGCCAAUAUUUAUUUACAUUUUUUGUUUUGCUUGCAGUUUUUUUUUGCCAACUAGCACACAAAAACAAUUUCUUGGUUUUCAAAUCUUCUUAAAUUAAUUUGCUGGAAUGUAUGAAAAAGGACGCAAUUCUAGUUCUAAUUUACUGCUUCAAAAAGCAACUGAGUAACUCUUGUCUCCGACACACAAACAUUCUCCACCUUUACGUCCCAGACUCUGCUCAUCCCCCGGCCUUUCAAGCAGCUUCAUAAGGCACAAACAAUGAACGGUCACCCCCAAAACAACUCCCUGACUGACUCAUUAUAAAAAUGUUACUGUCUAUUCCGCAUAGAUUGAUUUUUCACUGUGCUGAAUAGGGCUGUAGUUUCAGUAGACCACAUAAAUAUCAGUGAUUAAAAAUAGCAUCAAAAAAAUCACCAAUGAUCGAGUUUGAACAGAGAAUUUAGUUGGACACAAUCUUGUUGUUUGAAUAACCACAUUAACUGAACAGUAAGAAGGACAAAGUGUGUAGUGAUUCUGUGCUUACAAGUUUUUUAUGAUAAGCUGAAGUAACCGCAGUAUACUGUACAUACAUGUAUACUGUUGCCGUCUGUACAGUGAUGAGUCACAAUGGAUGUUGAGAACUGACGGUGUCAUAAGUGGCUGGUAUAUUUUUUCCUUUUUUUGCGUGUGGGUACCAAAUUUGUUCCGAAGUGUCGGUUGUUGUGACAACCCUAGUGUUGAACUUCGCUUUGUCAUGUGGAGUCUAAUAAUGCCGUUACGACAGUGCGCCCUCUUCUUACGACUGUAAUUCAGAGAGUCCUCUUCACCUGCCGAUGCUGGUGUGCUUGAUAAAGUUUCUGAUGUGGAGCGCUGGUGUAAUGUGCCAUGCUCGUACUUCAGAGUGAAUGUAGACCGAAGCCAAGACAGAUGCUGCAUCAUAGUCGAAAUAAUCCUGUUAUAAUUUUGAUCAUUAAUAUUAGUAUUUGGACACUGCUAAGCUAGAUGGGACGUAGUGUUCAUUCAUUCAGUUUUCGUUUUGAAAGAAAAAUGAAAAGAAAAAAGUACUUUUCUUUGUUUUUUGUUUUCAGAAAGGAUUCCAUAAAACAAGUUAUUUUUUUUAAGCAGUACAUUUUGUACAGAAAAAAGAGACAAAAAUGAAAAACAGAACUAGGCUACAGAUUUACUGACUGAUUUGAAGAGGAAGAACUUACUGCUCUGUAUGGUGCAUUCAACGUGUCUGUACAAUACGUUUUCAGAGCCUUACUCCAACAAAGAAUUUGCGCCUUUCAAAUUUAGGACAAUAACAAUGAUUGCUAAAGUUACUGACCGAACACAUCACAUGCAGUAGGUAAAUGCAAGUACGAAUGCUUGAGUGUUUUUACUGCCGCUUUUUGACACAUGACGAAUGCAGCACGAGAAUGGCUGCCCUUGGAGACCAUGGUUAAAGUUGCAUGUGCACUUCACAAGAAAGACUAAUGUGUUCGCUGUCUUUGAACAACACACAGUUCCCCAUGUUUCUCCUCGUUUCUGUUUACUGUCUGCUUCACUUCCAGUUCACAUCAGUCUCUAAUCAAAGUUCUAUUUUUUUAUUUAUUGAAUUCAUUAUUUUAUUUUGUUUUUUGAAUUUUGUGUCUAAAUGAAAAUUAAAUUAAAUUAAAUGAAAGGUACACGAUCUUGUUAUCUGCAAUUUUUUUUAAAUUUUGCCAGUAACCCCAAUGGGUCAAUAAUUAUCUGUGGCAAUAUUUAUUCAGAAGGUAGAUAAUAUACAAGAGCAAAGUCCUUCAUUCCUAAGUUCCUAAUGCACCGAAAGGAAACAUUUGUGGCUGAAGCUGAAUGAAUUUAAAAUGCUUUGCUGAAGACUGAAUAUCCAAUGUGGUUACAUUUUAUACUAUUUUUUCAAAGAUUGCAUAAAUAGUCGAGAACACAUAUUUAUACAUUUCCAAAGACAGUAAAUGUGAAGAUAACGUGUUUUGGACAUAAAAAAUAAUGAAUUCAGACUUUUCAAUAAUAAAAAAAACAUUUUUCAUCAAGUAAUAGGCUAGUAACAUAAACAGAACGCUCUAGAUAGUUUGCGCACUGAUGUAUGCACGAAGUUGAGCUGACAGACUUUGACUUCAAUGAUUGUUGUUUUCACAGCCCAAUCUUUCAGUAGUUUGCCUGUUAUCUUGUAUUAGACUGUUGGAAUCACUUGCCCUGUUAAUUUGUUCAAAAAAAUCUAGUGCUUUGAUGAGUGUUACCUAGUACUUGAUGUGGAAGAAAUGAGCUGUAAAAAGCUGAUAAUCUAGCACGAAAAUCAAUUAUUUUAUGGUUAUCAUCUUAUUAUGUUAUCUUUCUGGCUGUCCUGAUCAUAUGGGUGAAUUUUGCUCAGCUUAGGCUGCGAUAUCUACUGUCUGACUGUUGCUGAACUAGCGGCCUUCUUUUUAUUUUCUGGCACAUUAAAUUUACCGUGGUAAAGUUAGGGACACAUGAUUGCAGUUUUUGGGCCGAUAAGAAAAGUGUGGUGAAUGGUGAAACCUAUUUUCGCCGAUACAACAGAGAUUCGUAGGCCAGUGCUGAAAGAUAAUAGCUAAAGCACACCAGAGAUGUGAUGUGUGUGUCACUGCAGAGCAUUAUCACCUUUUUGUAGUGUUCUGAUGCUGCGUGAUGAGCACAGCAAUGAGUUCAAAGUAGUGAUGCGCCAAUAUGAAUGUUAUAUGUUGAAAUGAAUGUGAAAAUAGUGAUGUCCAGGUGCCACAGGUUAUAGUGACGCUCUACUGACUGCAUUUCAUUAAAACACCAUAUAUCAAUCAUCAAUGCAUUCUGGGAGUAACAUGUGGUUUAUUGAAGUAUCAGUACAAGCUGUUUGACGCCUUCAUUUUCUACUACCAAGUGAAGUUCCUUGUGUUAUCUUGAUGGGCUGUGGAGAAUUGGCAGGUAAAGUCAGUGGUUCCCUCAGUUUCAUUUUUUUGUUUUGCCCCUGACGUCUUUGGAAGCAAAUGCUAACGCUUGUAUUGUGAUAUUCUUUGUUAUACCGAAGUAGAUUCUGAUGUUAGUAGUGUUUCUGAAUCGAUUUUAAAUCAGUUGAAUCAUUACCCAGCCCUAAUUAUUUCAUGAUCAGAUACAAUAAUCAAAGAGUGAUCUCUAAUCUAAUCUAAUCUAAUCUAAUGUAAUCUAUACGAAGCACUGGUAACUGCACCUCUCCCCAGCGCAGCUCUCAGCACGGCAUUGGGGAGCAGGGAGAGCAAGCUUUGUGCCAAAAGAAACUCCAAAAUACUCCUCUGAUUUUAAACCUAUGAGUUAGUUUGUUUGAAGUAGAUUGUUUAAACUUUGGGGUGUCACUUUGACCCCUCCUGGUGCAUUUGAAUGCCAGUUUAUAUGUUCCUUUGUUGAGUUUGAUCACUUAUUAUUGCGGUAAAUUUGAAUUUCUGGACCAGAACAAGAAUUUCCGUCGAUUCAAUGCAUCGCCGGUUUUUACAGGACUGCCAGCUCUCACGCAAAUGAGGGUGAUCUCAGGCUCCCGUGCCACACUGGUGCACGGCGUGAGGAUAGAUGACCUCCACUCUGCUUAAAUUCACCGGCACCUCUUUUUUGAUGGGUCUCCAAGCGCCCGUUCAGACAGCAAAAGUGAUGCGAAUCUGACAAUAAGUACUACUAGUAAAAGUAUGCAAUACAUUCUUUUUUUGUAGUGUAUUUACAUACUUGGAACACAUUUAUUUAUUUCUUAUUAGAUUAAUGGAAUGUAAUUUGGCGUGGAAGCCCAACAUGUUUUGGACUAUUUAAAAUGACACCAAUAAUGUGUUAACUGCACUGAAUAUAUGCUGCGUAGCCUUGCGUAUCCAUUUAGCUCACCUGUAUGUUACUUUUGUGGACCACUGCACUCUGUGCAAGCACUUAAUUUACGUACAGUUCUGGUGCCAACUGAGACACACACACUGAAAACACUGCCCACCCAUGUUUGUAAGGCACAUUUUUGCAGCCAGUGCAAAUGUGCACUAUGUAAAUAUUUAAUAACUUAGAACUUUAAAGGCACCCAGCACCCAUUCAUGUGGGGGUUUUGAUAACCCCUCAUGUCUGACGUCAUGUCACCGUGACUAAAACAGAUGGUUCUUUGAGGGACUUUAAAUGUUUAUGUUAUAUGUUUCUAAAUCAAACAUGUUUUUUAUUCUGGCAUGCUCAGUCGAAAAUUGCAUAUUUCCUUUGUAGUUGGUGGUAUGUUUUGAUAAUGGUGGAAAACAUUUCUCAGGUUGCUGUGUCUAAAACAACAAAACCACAUACUAGGGAUGCUCCGAUCGAUCGGUGACCGAUCAUGAUCGGCUGAUUUCAGCGUGAUUGGUAAAUGCCAAUCGCCACCUGUCAUUGCCGGUCACAACAAGUGAUCUUGUGUGACAUUCGGCGCUCUUAUGAAGCCGUGAUGAGUCCGCUCCGCCCUGCUCACUAAGUAGCGGCAUGUCUGCUGUGGAGAUUCUUUUUAUCUGUCAUGUAAAGUUUGCAUCUUGCAGCACAUGCACGAGAAAAUGCUGUGCAGGGAAGCGCCUUCAAAUUAAACACGCCAUUUAAAGCACCAGCACUUGACGGAGCAUGGAGAGUUUUCUGGGCAGGCUUUUAGCGCAGCCAACGCUUAGCAACACCCGACGGUCCGAGAGUGACACGCCAUUCUUUUUUUUUUUUUUUUUCUAUUUCUCGGACUUGCACAGUCUCCAGAGAUUCACCUGCGACGUCUCACAUCAAAUUAAUUGUUUUUCAAUUGUCCUUUCGACAGAAUAAUUGCUGCAUUCAGCUCUUCACCUUGAAGAGGUAUAUAAAAGUUUGUCUGAAUGAAAAUGAUUUAAAGUUCAUUUUUUCACAUCAUGUGCACAGAAGGUCUCAUCAUUUUGAUUACGAAUUCAUUGUCAAUCCAAGUGAUCCGUAUCAGAGAUCAGCAGCAGAAAUCCUGAUCGGAGCAUCCCUACCACAUACCAAAGGCCACGUUGCCCCUUGCAAAACCCUCUCACCCAUGACAGUUUUCAUGCCUGGCUACAAUGCGAACAGACACAAUUUCAAAUUUUUUAUUUAUUUUUUCUCAUCCACCAGUCUGGGGACCACUUGCAUGCCUAAUCGUUGAGAGCAGUCCAUACAGAUCACAGAUCAGUGGCGAUCCGUUGUGUCACUAGCUGCCAGGCAUCUUAACCAGUGGGCUUCUUUUCAUUUUCUGACAUGAGCCUAAAAACUCACCAUAAUCUACCAAGUGCUUGUUCUUUGAAUCACUCAUGAAAUUUGGAGUGUGUUUUUGACUGUACUAUUAGACUCUUUCUCCAUGAUUUGCCGUUUCUUGGUCAUUACUCCUUAGUCGUAUUCUGUUGGUCAUGUGCCAGUGGUUCUGCCUCUUCCAGGGUUUGGUAGAUGUCCGCUUUACCAUCUUAGAAUAAACCCCCUGGCAAACUUCACAUCACAGAUUGUGAAAAGUUUGGAGCCUUAGCUGACUGCAGGCUGUCAGAGGUGAUAGUUUUUGUGAUUGUCAUUGAAAGGCAGUGAUCGAUAUAUUCCGAUCACAUUUGGCUGAUCAUGAUUGGUGGUCAAUCAUAUCGAGAUUGUCAGUUUGAAACCUUCAGAAUUGCACUUCCUUUUUCUGUUUUCAAUCAACCAUGAUAGCAUGAAUAAAAAAGCCAAACAGCGCUGCUCACGUAUCUGAAAAAACAAUGGUGUCGGCAGAUAUCCAAAUUAACGUAUUGUGGCUGAUCAGAAGUGAAAGAAAGUGUGGUGAUUCAAUCUCAAUCCUAUAUGUUCAUCUUAUCUUCCUAAUCUGUUUUAUCUUUGACAUGGAGUUGCACCAAACCUGAAGCUAAGGCAGUUUUAUUAAAAUCUGAGUCACUUCGAUCUUAAAGUAAUAUGAAUCCAGACUCCACAAUGCUUUCUCAACCCUGAAUGCCAGCCACUACUGCUAAACAAGUGAAUGUACACUGCACCUGAACAAAACAACCUUUCAUAAUUGUUUCCAUUGUGUAGUCCUUUAUUGCCUUUUGCAAAAAUGAAAAGCUCAGAAUCACACUGAAUUAUCGUGGCCAGUUAAUGUGCCAGGUGAGGCUGAACAAUCAAAAGUUCACUGGUGGUUCAUCACUUGCCAAACACUUUCCAACUAAUCCGAUGCCAAAAUGAUAUCCAUUUCACAGGGAUGCCUUUUCUCCUGCACUACUACAGAAGUAACACAUCUUUUUUUUAUUGUUUGGUUUGGUCUCUACCUUCUGUUCUAGAAAUAGUACUCUCAGUGCAUGGUCACAUUUAUGAUUCAUAAUUUUUGUUCUUUUCGACAUUGAUGAUAGAGAAUCCAAUGUAAUCUUUCUGUAGUAAAGAUGUUCCCUGCUGUACUGAAAUCAUGUGCUGUAGCAAACAUGUCUGCUCAUUGGAUGCUGCUUUUGUUCUUUUUUAACCUUAUGUGGAGCAUGGUGGGCCUUGCCUUCAGUCUGUUUAUUUUUGUUGCAUGGAUUUUAUGCUAUUUAUAAGAACCAGCAAAGAUAUUAUGAGAAAAAACACAAAUUACACAGUACUAAUAUUUUUUUCAAUAAAGAUGAUAGUGUUUUUCCUAACCUUCAGUGUGCUUCUUGCUGAUUCCCAUUUAUUGUCCUACCACUGCAGUGACCCGUUCCACCCAACCCCCCCCCUCACUCCCACCUCUUCCUCUUCUCCUGCUGAGAUAAAGAUAGACAAUAGCCGCUUUCACACUGUAGGAACCUUUUCAGUUCUAAUGAGUGGUGAGUGUAGGAAGGACUUUCGUUCAUGACCAUAAUUUUCAAACUUAUUUUUAAUACAUGAAACAGACAGUCAUUGCAGUUACUGGCUUACAACUCUGAGCCAGAGUUGGUUUGACAGAUGGAGCUGUGUACAUGAUUUAAAGUUAGUUCAGAGUUUCACUUUACCAUGCUCUAAACCAAAUUUGUGAAUAAAUGGUUUCUAAUCCAAUCUAGCCUGUGUGUCAUUCAGUCAUCAUUCAUUGCUGUGAACUUCACGACGUGAAGUCAUUCUUAUUCAGCGAACCUCAGUUAAUCUGAGACACUCCAGUCUGCAGAAUUGCCUCAACAGUCUCAUGUUGAUCUCUGAUUCACGACUGAUAAAUUCAUUGCGAGUCCAUUGUAUUUCAAAACACAUGUAGAUUAAAUGUAUACUCAUGCGUGAUCAGUCUCCUGACGUCACGUACAACUCCUACUUAAGCACAAAAUCAUUCUUCAUAAACACUGCUGCCUCAUCUCUCACUACUACUGAUAGUUUGUUGUGUGUGUUACAGCGAUCCUGUAAUGCAGCGGUGGCACUAGCUAUCCCAGUUUUCUGUCCGUGUAAAUUUGUACUCUGUGGGUAGAAUGGUCCUUCGAACGAAAUGGUUCCAGGUAGCCAAAAUGUUCUGACUGUGCGAAAGCGGCUAAUUUCAAUACUUUCCUUUACUGCAGACCUGAAUGAGUCCAUUGAUGUUCCUCAUGGUUUCAGUCAACUGUACAGAGUCAAAGUAACUUCAAGGUUGUCUGCCUGAUGACUCACAAAAUAUAGUCAGAAAGGCUGUAAUUGUGUUCUUAGUGUUCAGACAACCCAUUUCAAUGUGUUCACUGUUAUCAACUAUUGCUUUUACAUCCACAAUACUAUGUUCACCUCACUAGCACUCUUUCUAGAUAACCACACUGAAGUAAUAGAAUUAAAUCUAGCUGUAUCUCUGAGAACAGAUCACAGAAUAUGCUGUCACUGUCGACAGGAUCUUGGUCAAGGGUGUCAGAGUGCUUUUUUUUGGACGCAAAGUUAUUUAUAAUGUUGCUCGACCUUAAUGAAACGUGAAAGUUUGGAAAGUUACCAAAAUGUUGGCCUUUCAAAGAAAGCAGAAUCAGGGUGAUGUCACUUACAGAGGGGGCUCAGUGGUAGGGGAACAGUGUUGCUAUGUAGAACAGAAGACUCCUUCUGGGUCUUGUCUGUGGUGUCCGCCAUGUUUGGAAUACCUACAGAAGAGGAUGGCCCUUCCGUAAGUUCUUACCGACUCGUGUGUGGAGAGAGCAUGUGAUUGUAACUCUUCACUCAGAUGACUGAGCUCCUCACCAUCACCAGCAGUAACACAGACAAGCUCAGCAAAUCAGCAAAAAACUCCUAGAGGUUAUUACAGAUAGAAAGAAGGAAAAGUAUGCUCAGCUUUCUCAAUGGCAUUUUUCAACAAAUUAUUAUGCCUUAUUUAUUAAUUAGCUACUAAAAUGCAGUAUUUGGCUGUGGCACUUAAUAGGUGUACAUGCUUUCUGCUAAGAGUAGUCAGUAGUGUAUGUAACUAUCAUAUAGCAGUGUGUACAGUAUGUAAACUAAUGCAUCACUAGUUCUACCGGUUCAGGACUUGAUCACCAAUUUUUCUUUUUUUUUUUUCGGGAGGAUUACAGAGAGAAUUUAGAAAACGAAUAGCUCUGGUUAUCAGUUGAUCAGAAGAUGGAGAUCUCAUUUAUCUGGAGGUAUCAGUGAAGGACUCAGUCCAGUGUUCUUAGUCAUGGGGAUGUAGAGGAUGCGCCUUUUCAGGCAAAGACUUGGUCUGCUAAAUUCCACCACUGAUAUCCAUAUUGUUUCAAACUAGAUGCGUCACACUAUUCCUGUGAGUCUCACAAAACGCCACUACAAUGGAGCUGAAUUGACAUUAUUGCCUAAACAGGCUUGCACAAAGGAAAUGAGGGCUGCCUUGCUAUACAUACAAAGUGACAGCAUUCUGGGACAGUGUCUGAUGUUUCUAAAAUACCUAUCCCCCUAAGUCCUGCUCUACACCAGAACAAGCAGUAUCUCUCUCAGCUCUGGCCUGUUCCUGAAGUUGACUCUCAAUGUUGCCUGAAGUUGCAGGGAGAAUCUUCUAAAAGGUUUAUGGUGCUUUUCUUAAGAUCCAGGAAAUGGUUUCAGAACAUUCAGGUGUAAAACUAAAAUAAUUUAAAAAUAACUAAAAAAAAAAACAAUGAAAUGAAAUGUUUGCGACUUCAUCGGUGCAGAUCCUGAUCUAUCAAGAAGUUUUCAUUGUCAUGGUACCUGUGGUACCCAUCAUUCCCACCCCCUCUGAAGCGUUUGUCACCAUAGGUAAGAGGUAGGGGCAUCAUUAACAUACAUCACCACACACAGUGACACCACAUUUCACCUACAAUUAAUUCCAAACCCUCUCUCACCUCAGGGAGCUAAAUUGUCUGCUUCUCCUUCACAGGAUCCCAUUUCAACCGGCAGCAGCAGCAUAGUCAUGCAACCUCUUGCCGGCACUUCCAGUUAGGUCCUCAGGCCCCUCUACCCAUGGACUUCCCACUGCCCCACCCAGGGCAACCACAAUCAGGCAUUAACCCCCACUUGGCCCCCCCUGGCCACCAGCACGGCCCGCCGUUACCCCCAACCCUUAACCCCAUGCCCACACCACAGUUCCAGGACAUCCCGCCCCCCCCCUUCCUACCUCAGGCAUUACACCAACAAUACCUCCUCCAGCAGCAGAUCCUGGAAGCCCAGCACAGACACAUCCUACCACCGACCAGUCGACGUACUCCAGAAAGAGUUCCUCACCAGCCACACAGACUGAGGCCUGGCUAUGAUUUUGCACCUCCUCUUCAUGUGCCACCCCAGCCAGUGGUGCAGCAGCCAAGAUACCUGGCUGAGGGAACUGAUUGGGAUCUGAGCGUAGAUGCUGGACUUCCCCCGCAUCAUUUCCACAUCCACCCGCUGCCGCAGCACUAUCAGCACUACCUAACAUCACCGCGGAUGCACCACUUCCCCAGAAAUAAUGCCUCAACCCAAGUGGUCGUUCACGAGAUCAGAAACUACCCGUAUCCCCAGUUGCACUUGCUCGCGCUGCAGAGCCUCAACCCCUCCCGCCAUGCGGCUGCAGUACGGGAGAGCUAUGAGGAGCUGCUGCAGCUGGAGGACAGGUUAGGGAGUGUGAACCGUGGAGCCGUCCAGACCACCAUCGAGAGAUUCACAUUCCCUCACAAAUACAAGAAGAGAAUACCACUUGACCUGAAGAUGAGUCUGGAUGAUGAAGAGCUGGACACUGAUGAGAAGUGCACCAUCUGUCUAUCGAUGCUGGAGGACGGAGAGGAUGUCAGAAGAUUACCAUGCAUGCACCUCUUCCACCAGGGGUGUGUGGACCAGUGGUUGGCCACCAGUAGGAAGUGCCCCAUAUGCAGGGUGGACAUUGAGACCCAGCUAACCACAGACAGCUGAUAGUGCCGGCUGACUCCUUCCUCCUUGGGUCUGGUCUCAUUGAUUCUCCAUUGCCUCUCCUCAGCGACAGGGGGCACUCUGCCGUACAGUCCUCUCCCCUUCUGCCUCACUCGACGAGCCUUGCUCCUGAGCCAUGCAGCAGAUGGGUUAACAAAGCACAGUCACCCAAAACACAACCCGGGAUGGUGUGGAAGCGUCGCUCCCUGGCUGGAUCGAAGGUUUGCUGGUUGAACUCGAUAGAUAUACGGAGCCCGUAGACGGAUGUGCUUCUGUACACCCCGAGAACAGCUACCAGCAGGAGGCACUUUGAUGCCCGACCUCCCCAGCUGGUGCAGUGUAUUAAAGCCAUUACUCUGCCACUACAUCUGACUUGCCUGGUCCCAGGUCUGUGAAACACCCCGCUCAGCUGCACUCUGCCCACGGCACAACUGUACAGAACAAUAAGCAUGAGGUUGUUUGGUGUGAACCCUUGUAGCUGAAACGCUUGUGGUGUCAUGGAAUUAUAGUACUGACUUAAGUAUUCAUAGAGUAACAAUGUUGUGUAGCGAAAGCAAAAAACCUUUUUCCAGAAAUCUGUGUGGAGACUGUGAGGCGCGCGUGUCCAAUGCAGAGAGCGGACAGGAAAUGCUGAAAAGAAAAAAAGACCAAAAACAAAUCUGUCUCAUCUGAUGCAGUCGGAAUUUCUGGUCACUUAAUGCAAUCAGGUGGAAUGCUAACUGCUGGCAUGGCUUCCAGUGAUGUGUGUAGUGUCAUAGUUGGCCUACGGGCUCUAGAGCCGAGGUGUGCAUGCUGUGUGGCGGGUUUGGCCUGUGUCGUCGUUGUGGAGCAGUAGAAAACAGGGACUGUGUGUCUGUGCAUGUGAACUGUGACAAACUCACUCAUUCAUUUGAGGGAAUAACCAAAGGGCUACGUUCGCAUUACAGGACGAGUCAGAGAGGUGUUUCUCGUUUUGCCCUCAGGAAAUGAAGUGUGAGAUUUAGGUGGCUCAAUGAUGUUUAGUCGGAGCAUUUCUUCUUUUUUUUUUUUUUAUUCGUCCACCAGGUUGGACAAGAAAAAUGCCCUCCAUUUCAUCUCUCUGUUUCUGUGUUCAGCUGAGUCAUUACAGAACCCCCUAAAAAUGUGGACUCAAUGAAUAACUGGGUUCAAAACUUCUACAUGGAAUUUUAUUAUCUGUUUUCUAACAGAACUUGUUUCUCUUUGACUUGAUCGAUUUCCCAAAACUUGAAAAUCCUUCCUUUACACGCAAAGCAUUCAAGCUUUGAAGCACUCACAGAGGCCCGAUUUUCUGCUGUUCUAAAGUCUCACAUCUAUCUUCACAUCCAAAUAAAAUGUUACAAAUUUAUAUUUUUUAUCACAUAUACACACCCAAAAGUACAGAAAAUUAGUAGUCUUUAAUACUGACACGAUUCACUAGUACUGGGUAUUUUUCGUACCGCAUCGGUUCAAAUAUGAAUGGUCAUGAAAACCCUUAAUUAUACUGUGCAGUAUUUCAAUAAAACACAAAUUUAUCCCAGUUCUGCUUUUUAGCAACAUAAUAUUCUACUAUUAUUACUAGUCUGUGCUGCCUUCACAUGCAAUGUGAAAACAUUUUACAUGUAUUUUUGACUUUGAACUGCCAGGUAGGUCUAUGCAGGAUUAUUAUCCUAUCCUAUCUGUCAGCUAUGAUUGAUCUGAAGUGAGAGGACACAUCUUACUAGAUGAUGACUCGAUCUAAUAACCUCUGGAUCCAUUUGUAUGGCAAAUUGUUCACAGGACUGGCACGUACAACAACACAGACGUUACUGGUGGCAGUGUGAUCAGCUGUCAUGCCUCGCGGGGCCAAGGCUGAUAAAUGCCCAUGUCUAUUGCAGGCUUGUUGGACGCAGGUCCAAAUACCAACCGUCCUGAUCGUACUGAACAAAAUUACAGGGCUGACCUACUUAUCCUGCUAAUUUGGCUAAAGUGGCUUUAGUGUAAUAUUGAAACCAUGUGACCUCACACAAACUCCCAACCAAUGAGACACUGAUUUUAGAAAGUGGUGUUUUAGCAUUUGGCAUAAGUAUGAUUUUCACUUACAUCAGCAGCUCCAGUGUAUAUGGAUUCACAAAUUCUGACUGACCUCAUAGUUCAGAUUCAUGACUUUGAAAAAGCUCCUACAGUGAGCGUGAGAGGUUCUGCACAAAAACUGGAGUGUAUCGAAUCUUGUCUGUGAAACUGUCUGCAGCGUAAUGUUGGCUGUAUAGACUGCAAAUGCGACUAUGGAGGGUGACUCUGAGAUAAACUAAUACCAAAGGGACUUGCAACACAUGGUCUUUAGGACAGAUAAAUGCAGGUCAGCCAUGGUUAAAAAGUCAUGCCAUAUAGUUAGUCAGAGGCAUUCACUUAUCCAGUGUGAUGCGUCAUUGAUCCGCUAUGUGGAUGCGCUUCCGUUACAUCACUUCUAAUUACAUCAUCAGAACUAUAGGCUGAAGCCAAGGUCAGCAACAUGGUGCCCACGAGCGCCCGUGGAGACCUCGGGCCAUUAAAUUUUUUUUUCAUGUAAUAACCAUCUUAUUAUGUUUGAUUUUAUGAUUCCUUUUUUGUUACACCAUUGGCAAUAAUUGUGAAAACUCAGCAAUGAGACAAGUAUUUGAGAGGAAUAUUAUUUAUCAACCAUUGUUUAUCAUGAUGUCAGAUGUGUGUACUGAACCGAUGGUAGCCCUUCGAGUCACACAGUGCCCUUAAAGUAGCACGUGGUUGCUAAAAGGUCGGUGACCCCUGGACCAAAGGAAUGUGUGAAAGGGUAUAUUUGUGUAACUGCCGUAUUUUAAGUCUUAAUUUCUUGUGGAUCGUUCCUCCACACGUCCAUCUUGCUAACUCUCUAAAUAACUCUUAAGACAUCGAGGAGCUUAAUAGGUCCUGAUAAAAAAAUGGCGCAAAGUUUCAACUUUGAGGAAUUUUCAUCUUAACAUUUUUUCCUCUUUUUCCACGUUUCUCACACAUUUCAGUUGUCCAGUAAAUCUGUGGUGCUGCCGGCCAGGGCCCACCAGGUCCCAAUUACGUCAGGGACGUAGGUCUUGUUCAUAAGUGAGGGAAAUAAGGCAGAGGAUUCAUUGUCUGUGGUGAAGAAAGACCUGUGUCAAAAAGACAAAUCACUCUGUCUGACAGAUAGUUCAGUCAGCCAGGAGCCCCUCUGAGUUGAAACACUGCUCCUCCAACAGGGGACAGUAAAGGUGGCUCUUGUCAGGAUGUCUUCUGGACUAGUGAGGUAGUCAACAGGGGGGGCAGAUCUCAGACACACUGCCGCCACCACCUAACUUCAGUGAGGCACAAAUCAGACUCCACAGUAUUCAUUUCAUGCUGGGAUUAUUUUGCCGUAAAACACAAGUCCAGCCCAAUGAAAUGGCUCAGUGGCUCGGGAUUAAACAUUUUUCUCUCUUUAAAGAUGAAAACGAUAAAACUGGAAUUUCUGUUCUUAAACAAGGUGAUCUGCAUGUGACCAUAUAUGGGAGUAGUGAAUCUCUGCUCACCAAACACGAUUCGUAAUGUGAACGUAGCUGCCCACAAAUGUGUCAUCCUGUCAGACUCCAGCUGCAGCAUCGUGUCUCACAGUUCACCCGUAGCAUGAUGAUGAUGAUGAUGAUGAUGAUGAGAUGAUGAUGGCAUGGGCUUGAGGAUGCUGCCAUUCGUAUUUUACCUUAUUGCCUAUCGAACAAGCACACGUGAUUUCCGAGCAAAUCACCUCUGCCGCGUCUCGGCUCUCUUUAUUUGUGUCGGAGGAAACUGUCGGCCUGUAACGCUUGAUUUGUUUGCCCCGCCCUCUUUUUUCUUCUCUGCAAUGUUUCUGGUGUCAUGCAUGUGGCUGUUCUUUUGAAGGUGGCAGGAAAAUACCAGCGGAGGAGGAGUUGCAGAGACACAUUUCUUGUUGUGAUGAUGUAGCUUGUAUCUAUCAAUGCACUAUAAUGACGUUGCCUCAUUUAAUUUAUUUUUUGGGUUACUCCUGUUUUUGUUUCCGUUUCAUGCUUCCUUGUGUAUUACGAUUAUUGGAGUGUGACUUCACUGUUUAUGUGUUUCCGUUUUUAUUUCGGGAAAGUCUCCAUCCAAAAAAAACUAGUGGCGGGUGAGUGUGGAUGUUUCUUUGCUAUAGUUCACGUAGAAUGCUGUGAUUAAAGAUGCCUUAAGUAUUUAACAAUCAUUAUUUAUGACUAACUGUAGCUAGCUAGCUAUCAUGGUGGAAUAUUUAAUGUCUCAUAACUUUGCAAUUUAAUCAAUAUAUUUAUUUAAAUAAGACAAAAGAUAUAUAAAAAAAAUACCUCAUUAUGCAUCGGUGGGUGGUGAUGCUUCUGCAUGCAGUCCGUUUUUUUUUUUUUCCCUUGAAAAAAGUGUACCCAAAACUCCAGCCAGCACGGUGCGGAGAUGACCUUCUGUUUUUAUUUUGUACGUUUUUAUUUACUCAGCUUUACAAUAUGAAUAUGAUGCUUUCCAGCACCUACAGCGUGUGUUUCGCUGCUAACGUUUGGUGUCUAGCAUACUAACUUGAGCCAUUGAUCUUUUCGAGCAAUUUCCUGAUGUACUGUGGUGAUUGUGCAUUCCACACCUGGAUACAAUAAGCUAACAUUGGUGUGCAUUUCUUAUUAAUACUCUACUAAUACGAACAAGUAUUGGAUCAAGAACAGGGUUGUCCACACUGUUGCAGAAUGGGUCUCAGUCGCUGCAGGUUUUUGUUCCAACCAAACAAGCACACUGCUCAACCAAUCAGGUGUCAGCUGAAGCAAGUAGCACCUGACUAUUGAAGCCUUGCGUGCUACUUUGUUGGGAACAAAAACCUGCACCACCCGGCCCUACGAGGACCGGUUUGGACACCCCUGAUCUUAAUGAAGCUGGCUGGUCUAAUUGGUUUCAUGUCACUGGCCCCACCCGUGUCCCCCCCUCUCCAGACUGACCUGGACAGUAGCCAUAGUAUUAACUCAAGCUGGUGAACCACAAUGAAAUUUAGAACUUAAAGCACAAGCUUCUUAAUGCAUGUCCUUCUCAGGUUUUCCUAUGUGUUUGUGGGAGUUGCUCUGUAGAAGUGUUUAAUAUGAUGCCGUACUUCUUCAAUAUUCUCUGAUGUUUCUUUGCUGCUGAGAAGAAAAAAAUUAUUAACCUGCCAGUGAAAAAGGGAAGUGGCCAUCUUUGUACAACACACUGCUGUUUUGCUGUAACCUUGCAAGUAUCUUGAGUAUUUUCUAGGGAAGUAGAAGUCUGUAUCAAUAAUAUGAAAAGCAAUAGCGAAAUCAUAUGAAGAAUAACAUAAUCUGUGGAUGUUGUGGAAAAUCUUUAGAUUCACUCUGGGUGGAUUUUUGUACUGUAUUUAAUACUAAUGAUGCAAAAAAAUUGCAUAGCUUAACCCAAACUGUUCGGUCUCUUUUUUAUUUAUUGUCUUGUAUAUGAUCUUUUUGUACGUGUUUUUCUAUUAAAUUGCUGAAAUGCUGACGAUGA